AUGGGAUACGACAAUCGGGAGGAUAUCGCCAUGGCAGCGGCCACGGGCGCAGUGGCCGCCGAGAGACAGGCCGACGACAUUGCAUACUUUCGGCAGAUCCCCUGGUGCGCGGCAAUCCUGGACGACCCUGCAUUCACGCAUGCCCUCACACCAUCGCGCACGGCCAAGGGCGGAGUCGGGGACAUCUACAUGGCCGAGACCAUGGCGACCAAGGACACGAUACCACGCUGGGUGACCAUGUUCACACGGCGGCAGCUCCCAGCGGACAAGAGCGAGCCAGGCAUGAUCGUGCAGACACGGACGCUGCUCCAGCUCGGGGACAAGGUUGCUGGGUGGCCCGGCGUGGCGCACGGAGGGCUGACGAGCCUGCUGCUUGACGAGUGCUGCGCGACGCUGCUACGGCUGCGGCGGUUUGUGGACCGGGAUCCGGCGCUGCUGCCCGCGGGGAGCGUGACGGUCGCGCUCAACGUGUCGCUCAACGGCAAGGUGCCGGCACCGGGAGUGCUGCUGGUGACGGUGACACUGCGGGAAGUGCAGGGCCGCAAGUACUUUGUCGACGGCGAGAUCACGGCCAACGGGCACAGCACGGUGCUGGGAAGCGCCACGGCGGUGUUUGUCGCGCUCAAGCCUGGCGUCAGCGCCAAGAUGUGA